CGCCGGCCGCCGAGUGGGGCGGUUUAGACGCUGGGGCCUAGACACGGCUCAGUUUACCGAUUAAACCUAGAUUCCUCGUGCGACCCCGAUUCUGUGCCUUCCCAACUCCACAUCUCAACUUAACAUCAACAUCACCCAGACUUAACAUCGCCUCGCCCAACGUCGGAAUCCGGCUCAAGUCAAGCUGUCACAGAUCUGGAAACGCAUCUUCUCUGGGCCACUGCGCACGUCUUCCGCAUUACCGGCUACGCCUGGAAAGUGAGAGGCAGGGAACGAACGAAACCGCCCCUACUGGUGCCGAGUCAGUGCGCACGCGGGCAGCGAAACACAUGCCGUUACCAUCACCAUCAACUAAUUCUACUUCAAAUCCCUCAUAAGCAGAAGGCAACAUGGAAACCUCGAAUGAACGCCUCUCGGACGCCAUUGCCGCUGCCCCAUACAGCACCAGGCCCCCGAGUCCGCCUUAUAUUCCGAUUCCUAUGACUUACCCCAAGGGACCUGCAGCAGCCACCAUCGUUCCCUCAUUUGACAACGUCAACGCCAUGCGUUUGACAAGCGAGGAUCUCAGAAUCAUCACUCGCAACAAAACCCAGACAGCCACCGACAGAUCGGUGGGGUGGAGUUACGAGUCCCGCCGCAAAGCCCAGACAAUCUUGGACUUUCUCUAUCUCGGUCCCUUGUCUGUCGCUCGCGACGAGACUUGGCUUGCAAAGGAGGGUAUCACCAUGGUCAUAGUGACGCGUCAUGCAAGCGUCGCCCAAGCCAGACUCAUGAGUGUGGACAAGGUCGCUCACAAGCUGGGCAUUUUGGUUGAGUACUUGGAUGUCUUGGACAACGCUCAGCUGAUCCGCGGCUUCCCCGAGGUUGUGGCGAAGAUCAAUGGACACCUUCUCAAUGUGUAUCGCAGCCAGGCGACGCCCAUGCAGGAGGGUCAAAUGAUCAUCGACAGCGACACCUUCAAGAGUGGCAAGGUGUUGGUUGUCUGUGAAACAGGCAACGACCGGUCAGCUUUCGUCGUCGCGGCCUACAUUAUGAACAUGUACGGGAAGGACAUGGUCUCGGCUGUCCAGUUCAUCUCUAUUCAGCGGUUCUCUGCCAACUUUGACGAGGAUGGUAAAAGAAUGCUGCAGGCAUACGAGGAUAUACUCAAUGCUCAGAAAAGCGUUUGCAGCGCAACAAGAGAUGUGCCCCGGGCUGGUCAUUUCGCCGUUCCCAGCGGUGGGGCCAAGCGAGGGAUCGAAUCAGUUUUCGAUGAGGAUGACAUGCAAGCAGAUGAUGGUUAUGCGACAUUCACCACAGAUCGUGAACGCUAUCAGGACCGGGGCAGAUUUGCUCCUUUCGUUGAUCGUGAUUUGGCGCCCUAGCUAGCAACGUCGACGGUCAGGUGAGGUGGAUUUCGAUGAGGAGAUGUGAGGCCUGCGUGCGAGGGAGGAGGAGAAGGAAUAGUACACAUGAAAGACGGAAACUCUGGCAUUGGCGGGAUGACGACUACCGUUUUUCUGCCAAGGAGUUAUAUCGCUAUUGCGUUCCGAGGAUAGGAAGAGGACUCGGUUGGAACCAUGGAUAGGCGUCAGGGGUGUCGAUAUACCCGUUUUCAGUUGGCAACAACUUUUUUGUCAUCAAUUAUAGACUCUGAGGCCUUGCCACUAGAGCAAGAAUUGUACCCCUUCUUCAAUAUCGCGAGGACUUCCUACUGCAAUCUUUGCAACGUGG